AACAGAAAACUCUAUUUAUAUAUUGACAGGGAGACUUCGUUCUUGACAAUGUACAGCUUGCUUGGGUCUUUGAACAAUCACGGCCGCCGGAUGACGAGGAGCGCCUGCGGGUCGUCGAGGCACAGCGCCGGCGCCGCCGGGUCGCGGCGCCAGAGCUUCCUGAAGCGGAGGACGUUGUUCUUGUACGCGUCGCCCACAACGGUCAGCGGCGCUUUCACUCCGUCGAGCCGCCGCGUCGUCGCGCGCGCGACGCUCGCGAUCGUGUUGUGGAGGUGCGCGUGGCCCGACGCGCGCAGGCGGGCGGCCUCGAUGGCCUCGGCGUCGAGCGGCGCUUCUGGUGGUGGUUGCGUUGAGGCGCGGGCGCCCAUCCACAUGUCCUUUGUUGUUAACGGCGCGAGCGGCGCCGCUAGGCGCGCGACGAAGUUCGUCCGCAGCGCUAAUGCGGCUGCGGGCGUCGCGUGGGACAGCAGUGUCAGUGUUACGAGGGCGGUGGCGCGCCGCUUUGGUCGGUGCAUGCUGCUCAGAGCACACACGCUUUGUAUUGGGCCGUUCUUUCUCCAAUUCUUGCCAGCGAUCGGUAGCUCGGAUAGUUUGGGGCUUGUCACAGCCUCAGUUUUGUUUGCGAUUACGUUUGCGCUGAGCAAACAGGGUCAGAGCGUCGAUGAC